CGCCCCGCCGCCCCACCCAGCCCAACCCGCGAGCCCGCGUCCGCCCCGACUCCGGAAGGAUUCGGCCUAGCGGCCGGAUGUGACGCCGCGGCCCAGGCGCUCGGGAGGCCGCGGAGAAAGCGACGAGAAGGCGGGCCCGGCCCGAGGUCUGGCAGCCAGCGACAGAGCCGGGCGCCCACGGCCCGAUCGCCCCCGGCAGCACCAUGCCUGCGCUCCUGGAGCGCCCCAAGCUUUCCAACGCCAUGGCCAGGGCGUUGCACCGGCACAUCAUGAUGGAGCGGGAGCGCAAGCGGCAGGAGGAGGAAGAGGUGGACAAGAUGAUGGAACAGAAGAUGAAGGAAGAGCAGGAGAGAAGGAAGAAAAAGGAGAUGGAAGAGAGAAUGUCACUAGAGGAAACCAAGGAACAAAUCCUGAAGUUGCAGGAGAAGCUUUUAGCCCUACAGGAAGAGAAACAUCAGCUUUUCCUGCAGCUCAAGAAAGUCUUACAUGAGGAAGAAAAACGGAGACGAAAAGAGCAGAGUGACCUGACCACUCUGACAUCAGCAGCAUACCAGCAAGGCCUGACCGUUCACACUGGAACUCACCUCCUCAGCAUGCAGGGGAGCCCUGGAGGACACAAUCGCCCAGGCACCCUCAUGGCAGCAGACAGAGCCAAACAGAUGUUUGGACCCCAAGUGCUUACGACCCGGCACUACGUGGGCUCAGCAGCUGCUUUCGCAGGGACCCCAGAGCAUGGGCAAUUCCAAGGCAGCCCGGGCGGCGCCUAUGGGACUGCUCAGCCCCCACCUCACUACGGACCCACACAGCCUGCCUACAGUCCUAGUCAGCAGCUCAGAGCACCUUCCGCAUUUCCUGCAGUACAGUACCUGUCUCAGCCGCAGCCUCAGCCCUAUGCCGUGCACAGCCACUUUCAGCCCACCCAGACAGGGUUCCUCCAGCCUGGUGGUGCCCUGUCCUUGCAAAAACAAAUGGAACACGCUAACCAACAGACGGGCUUCUCUGACUCAUCCUCCCUGCGCCCCAUGCAUCCCCAAGCUCUGCAUCCAGCCCCUGGACUCCUGGCCUCACCCCAGCUCCCUGUGCAGAUGCAACCAGCAGGAAAGUCGGGCUUUGCAACCACCAGCCAGCCUGGCCCUCGGCUCCCCUUCAUCCAGCACAGCCAGAACCCGCGAUUCUACCACAAGUGACCAUCAGAUUUGAUCUUCAACCUUGCCCCCAGACCCUGCCGUGGGGGAGGAUCCCUGGUGUGUCCUAGUCCCAAGCCAAUAAAAUCUACCUACCACUGA